GCAACAUACCUGUCGUGGGCUUGGCUAUAUAGGCCUACACACAGCUACAUCGAGCUCUGUAAACUUAUUUCGGAAGCGCCGUGGUUGUGGGGGAGCGCAGCUCUAGCUCUAUAUGCGGUCCAAUUCCAGCAGUCAAUUUCAAAUUUAAAAAUUAGAUUUGAACUGUUAUUGUCCUGGCGUCGGACCUAUUCGAGAUUUAUUUUAGCCCCUUGCCGGAGAAGAGGGUUUUUGUCUAGGAGGGAUACGGCUUUUGUAAAAGCUGACUUUUCAUAGCAUUUAGGAGAAGGGUUAGGUUUAGCUAAAAUGCACAAAAAACUACUUUUGACGUCAAUUUGACAAAAGCUGUAAUCCAUCUAGACAUGACCGGAGAAGAGACGGGAGGGAGGGGGCAAGAGUGCGUAAUGACGGAUAAAGAGCAUGAAGGAGGCGAAGGAAGAACGGGAAGAAGAAAAUCCGACAAAGAUCAGAGCUGGAUCCCCAACAUCAUCAGGAAGCGAGUAUGCACCACAUUCGUAGAGGACUCUUUAAGCAAUGGGGCAUUGUGUCAGUGUGGGGGCAUGCGGGAGACUCACGGCUCCAACGCUACGGGAGACUAUUUCGGAGCCGCCAUCGUCAGCCAGUGGGACAGUUCCCAGCACUCCUCAGAGUACCCCACCGACGCCUUCGGAGAGCUGGAAUUCGCAGGGGCUGGCAGGAGACACAGCCAUUUCUUGCGACUGUCAUGCGACACCCCACCUCAGAUCGUGUACAGUCUGAUGACGGCCCACUGGGGGGUGCCCUCCCCCAACCUGGUGGUUUCUGUUGUGGGGAGUGGGGGGUGCGAGAAGGUCAAGCCCUGGGUCAGGGAGGUGCUGAGACAGGGGCUGGUCAAGGCGGCACAGAGCACCGGGGCGUGGAUAGUGACGGGGGGGCUGAGGGAGGGGGUGGGUCGUUGUGUUGGGGAGGCAGUGCGAGAUCAUGCUGCUGCGGCUUCCUGUCUCUCCCAGAAGAAAGUCAUUGCUGUGGGCGUGGCCCCCUGGGGGCUGGUGCACAACAGAGAGCAGCUAGUUAACACACAGGGUAGUUUCCCAGCGCGGUAUUAUGUCCAGAACGCAUCUCGUGACUCGUGCUGCCUGGAUAAUAACUACCAGGCCUUCCUGCUGGUGGAUGAUGGGAGUGUAGGCCGGCGGGGAGGGGAAACGGCCUUCAGGUCCAUGAUGGAAGACUACAUCUCCCACCAGCGCACCGGCAUCUGGGAUAGUGGCAGUAUAGAGAUUCCUGUGCUGUGUAUGCUCAUCUCAGGGGAAGCUGCCAUGCUGAAGAGGGUGGAUCUCUCUCUGAGGAAGGCUACUCCCUGGCUGGUGUUGAAUGGUUCUGGUCCAGCGGCAGACCUUAUCUGUGAGAUGCUGGAUGCCCUGUCAGCUGUGCCGAUGAGCUGCACCUCUCCCCCGCCAGAGGGUGAGGGGAGCGAGAGCCCCAGCACGGAGCUGCGCGAAAGGACCCGUGAGAGGGUCAAGAGGCACUUCCCUGCCGAGGCAGACCGGGAGAAGCUUGUGGACAGGGCUCUGAGUAUCUAUCAGAACAGAGAUCUGAUCACAGUGUUCCACGGGGAGCAGGACAGUCCUGAUGAUUUUGACACUGUGCUACUGAAGGCUCUGGUCAGAGCCAGUAAACGUGUGUCCAGCGAUGCCAGUGGGUACACAGAGGAGCUGAAGCUUGCAGUAGCCUGGAACAGGGUGGACAUCGCUAACAGUGAACUCUUCAAUGGAGACAUCCAAUGGAGGUACGAGGACCUGGAGGACUCCAUGACGGACGCACUGAUCAACAACAAGCCCCAGUUUGUACGUCUCUUCAACGAGAACGGCCUCAACAUCCUGGACUACCUGACCUACCAGCGUCUGGAGGGCCUGUACCGCUCGCUGUCCAACAGCUCUCUGGCCUACACGCUUCUCCAGCGACACCUCACAGAGAGGCAGAGCCUGGCCAGAUCCCUUCCCACUGUCCCCUGCUCUCCGGACGAGCCUACACCCCUCAAGAGCCCUAUAUCAGGACCCUCCUCUGCCAAAGAGCUCAGCUUGUAUGAGGUGUCGCGGCUACUAUGGGACAUCCUGGGAGAUGUGUGUCAGCCCUUCUACUACAGUCCUCUGGGUUUGGACCAGAGCACCAGCACCUGGAGAACACUGAAGCAAGUGAAUAAGUUGUUACAGGGGGAUUGUCUGUAUAGGGAGCAGCGCUGUGUCCAUCCCUGGGCCUCUCUGUUCAUCUGGGCUGUGCUGCAGAACCGCAGCGAGAUGGCUGUCUACUUCUGGGAGAUGGCAGGGGAGUCUGUCCUCAGUGCUCUGGCAGGCUGUAAGAUUCUGAGGGAGCUGUCUAAGCUUGAGAGUGAGACGGCGGCCAAGCUCUCUCUGAAGGAGCUAGCACAGAAGUUUGAGAACUUGGCCAAUGAAGUGUUCAGUGAAUGCUAUCAGAGCAGUGAGAGUCGCUCUUUCAACCUCCUUAUAAGGCAGUCUCUGGUGUGGGGCGAAGCUACCUGUCUGGAGAUGGCCACCGCAGCCGAUGCCCGCCUCUUCUUCAGUCACGAUGGCUUGCAGUCUCUGCUGUCUCAGAUCUGGUGGGGAGACAUGGAGACGAGCACAGAAGUCUGGAAACUGAUCCUCACCUUCUUCUUACCCCCCCUCAUCUACACCAACCUCAUAAGCUUCAGGGAACCUGAGGAAGAGGGGAAGACUGAGCAAGUGCCGCAUGGUCAAGACACAGACAGUCUGGACGGAGUCGAUGCCACCAUGUUCUCCCUCACCGACAUGAUGGAUGAGGAUGCUGAGGAAUAUGCGGCUGUAAGGGUCAAUCUGAAAGGUGCCCCCCCCUCCAAUCCUAAGAGGCCGUUCAUACUGCUACGCUGGAGAGAGUUCUGGUUCGCGCCCGUCACGGCGUUUCUAGGCAACGUGCUGAUGUACUUCCUGUUCCUCAGCCUGUUUGCUUACGUCCUAUUGUUGGACUUCAAGCCCCCGCCCCCUCACGGCCCGUCCACCUUAGAGUUUGUUCUCUACUUCUGGGUCUUCACCCUGGUCUGUGAGGAGUUUCGACAGACAUUCUUCAGGGGCAGCACUACUUUAUAUCAGAGGAUGAAGCUCUACAUCCAGGACAUGUGGAAUAAGUGUGACAUCACAGCUAUCUCACUCUUUGCACUGGGCAUGUGCUGCAGAAUGUUCCCAUGGUCCUAUGAAUUUGGCCGGGCUGUGAUGGCUGUGGACUACAUGGUGUUUACCCUCCGUCUCAUCCACAUAUUCGCCAUCCACAAACAGCUGGGACCCAAGAUCAUCAUCGUUGAAAAAAUGAUGAAGGACGUCUUCUUCUUCCUCUUCUUCCUGGCGGUGUGGCUCAUGGCCUACGGCGUAGCCAAUCAGGCGCUGCUCUACUCCUACGAUCCUCGUCCCGGUUGGAUCUUCCGCCGAGUGUUCUACAGGCCAUACCUGCACAUAUUUGGACAUAUCCCCAUUCAUGAAAUGGAUGCUGAUAAACUGGAGGAGGGGAUAGAGUGCACCAAUAACGUCACCCUGAUCGAGGCAGGGGCCGAGCCCUGCACGAGUACCUAUGCUAACUGGCUGGUGGUCAUCUUAUUGGUCAUCUUUCUGCUGGUCACCAACAUCCUGUUGGUCAACCUGCUCAUUGCCAUGUUCAGUUACACAUUCUCCAAAGUGCAGGAGCACAGUGACACCCACUGGAAGUUCCAGCGCUACAACUUGAUCGCAGAGUACCACUCUAGACCCUGUCUGGCUCCACCCUUCAUCAUCCUCUCCCACCUCCACCUCUUCAUCAAGAGACACAUCCGCAUGAUCCCCUCUGUCAAGAUCAAACACUUUGUUCUGGAUAUCCGUGGCAGGCAGGCCAGUAGACUGAACACAUGGGAGGCCAUCCAGAAGGAGAAUAUACUGUCUGCCCAGAACAAACGAGAGCGAGAGAAAGACUCGGAGAGACUCAAACGCACCUCUGUCAAGGUGGACAGUGUCCUAAAGCAGAUGGCAGAGAUCCGGGACCACGGCCACAGGCUAAGAAUGCUGGAGGCAGAGUUGGAGUACUGUUCUAGUGCCCUCUCCUGGAUGGUGCAGGCUCUCUCUCAGAGUAACUUGAUAAAGCCCACACGUCCUCCGCCCGCUCUCCGAGAUCUAACUCUCCAACUAGCUGACCCAAGUCUGAUGGAGAAUAAUGAAAUCUAGACACGUGUACACACACACACAAUCACUGUCACUCAGGGCAAAAGAAUGUCUGACUUGAUGCUCAUUCGUCCACCGUCCUUUUAUAAACUUUGAUCAUUUGAACUGCUGCCAUCUUGUAAGUGGACCAUUGUUGCUGUUCUAUGUUACACUUGUUGUUCUAGAAAUCUUUUUCCUGUGGGUUCUAGAAUGUAUUGGCGUCUUGUUAUUAAUGUAAUAUGUACAGACAUUUGUAAAAGUGCAAUUAAAAUGUCUCUACCCCCAUAA